AUGGACAACAAGAUGAACAGCAAGAUGGACAGCAAGGAGAUCCGUGAGGGAGAGGCGGUCGUCGUCUCCGAAGCGCCGCAAGUGGGUGACCUGCUCGAGAGGCGACUAUCGGCAACUGAAUGGGCCAAAUAUCGCCAGACGAAGCGCGGUCUGACGCCUCGUCAUGUUCAGUUGAUGGGAAUUGGCGGGAGUAUAGGUACCGCUCUUUUUGUGGGUAUCGGUGGCAGUCUGAAGAAUGCUGGCCCGCUGUCGCUUGUCCUGGGUUACCUCUUUUGGGGCCUCCUCUUCAUCUGGCCUGCUUAUCUCCUUGUGGGCGAGAUGCUGGCAUGGCUGCCUCUACGAGGCACCAUCUUCGAGCUCGGUGGUCGAUACGUGGAUCCUGCUCUAGGGUUUGCCAUGGGAUGGACCUAUUUCUUCGCCGGGGCGAUGCUCGUGUGCACCGAGUAUGCCUCUGUCGCUACCGUCAUGACCUAUUGGAACACCAGCGUCAACCCGGCGGUGUGGGUGACCAUGGCUCUGGUGGUCUGCGUCUUCUUGAAUCUCGUCGCCGUGAGAUGGUACGGCGAAUCGGAAUUCAUUAUGGCCUCGACCAAAAUCCUCCUUCUGCUGGGGUUGAUCCUCCUUACGUUUAUUACUAUGGUCGGUGGUAACCCCCAUCAUGAUGCCUACGGCUUCCGCUUCUGGAAACACGGACUGGCCAUGCACCCGUAUUACACCACGGGCGCCACCGGGCGCUUCCUCGGCUUUUGGAGCGUUGUUCGGUACGCCGCCUUCACCAUCUCUGGACCAGACUUGAUCGCCCUCGCGGCAGGCGAGAUCCAAAAUCCCCGCAGAACCAUUCCCCGUGUGGCCCGUCUCGUCUUCUACCGGCUGGUGGGCUUCUACGUUGUGGGCGUCCUCUGCGUGGGCAUCAUCUGCUCGUCCCGAGAUGCCCGGCUGAUCAGCGCCAUCAGCUCUGGGAAAGCCGGUUCCGCGGCUUCGCCAUGGGUGGUUGGCAUCCAAAAUCUGGGCAUCACCGGCCUGCCCAGCUUCAUCAACGCGCUCAUCCUUCUGUCCGGCCUCUCGUGCGGCAAUGCCUACCUGUACUCCACCAGUCGGACGCUCUAUUCGCUCGCCCGUGACGGGCUUGCGCCCAAGUUCUUGAUGAAGUGCACCAAAUCGGGCGUUCCCACCUAUUGUGUUCUGGUGGUGACGGUCAUCUCAUUGAUCACGUACCUUGUCGCCUCCAACGCGGCCGUGACAGUGUUCUUCUGGUUCAUCUGGCUGUGCACCAUCGCCUUUAUACUGACCUACACGUGCAUGCUCUGGACGUACGUGGGGUGGUAUCGCGCUCUCAAGGCCCAGGGGAUCGACCGCAACACGCUUCCCUAUAAGGCGCCCUUCGCCCCGUACACGGCGUACAUGGCCAUCGGGGUCGGCUGCACCGUCAUGCUGUUCAUCGGCUUCGACUGCUUCGUGCCGUGGAGCACACAGGGCUUUGUGACCAACUACUUCGGCCUCGCGUACGGCAUCUUUAUGUUUGUGUUCUGGAAGGUGUUCAAGCGCACCAAGUUCGUGGACCCCAAGACAUGCGACAUCUGGAGCGGCAAGGCCGAGAUCGACGAGGAUUGUAAGAUCUGGGAGGAAGGCGGGUUCGAGGAGGUGGAGCGGGCGAGGUUGGCGCAGAUGAACAUCGUGAGGAGGAAUUGGGAGAAGAUGUGGUAG